AUGGGCGCUGGCGGCCCCCGGCCGGGCGCGGGCCCCCCAGACGGCGGCUGGGGCUGGGCGGUGCUGGGCGCCUGCUUCGUGGUCACCGGCUUCGCCUACGGCUUCCCCAAGGCCGUGAGCGUCUUCUUCCGCGCGCUCAUGCGCGACUUCGGCGCGGGCUACAGCGACACGGCCUGGGUGUCCUCCAUCAUGCUCGCCAUGCUCUACGGCACCGGCCCAGUGUCCAGCAUCCUCGUGACCCGCUUUGGCUGUCGCCCGGUGAUGCUGGUGGGUGGGCUGUUGGCCUCGGCUGGCAUGGUCCUAGCAUCCUUCGCCACGCGCCUCGUGGAGUUAUACCUGACGGCUGGGGUGCUCACAGGCCUGGGCCUGGCCCUCAACUUCCAGCCGUCGCUCAUCAUGCUGGGGCUGUACUUCGAGCGCCGGCGGCCUCUGGCCAACGGGCUGGCGGCGGCGGGCAGCCCGGUGUUCCUGUCGGCGCUGUCGCCGCUCGGCCAGCAGCUGCUCGAGCGCUUCGGCUGGCGCGGCGGCUUCCUGCUGCUCGGCGGCCUCCUGCUGCACUGCUGCGCGUGCGGCGCCGUCAUGCGGCCGCCCCCGGGGCCCGGGCCGCGGCCGCGCGGGGACAGCGCGGGCGAGGCCCCCGGGGAGGCGGACACGGACGGCGCGGGACUGCGCCUGCGCCAGGCACCCCCCGGCGGCAGGCCCCGGGGGCGCCUGCUGGACGUGGCCGUGUGCGCCGACCGCGCCUUCGCGGUGUACGCCGUCACCAAGUUCCUGAUGGCGCUCGGGCUCUUCGUGCCCGCCAUCCUGUUGGUGAACUACGCCAAGGACGCGGGCGUGCCCGACGCCGACGCCGCCUUCCUGCUCUCCAUCGUGGGCUUCGUGGACAUCGUGGCGCGGCCGGCGUGCGGCGCCCUGGCCGGCCUGGCGCGCCUGCGCCCGCACGUCGCCUACCUCUUCAGCCUGGCCCUGAUGGCCAACGGGCUCACGGACCUGAGCAGCGCGCGCGCGCGCUCCUACGGCGCCCUCGUCGCCUUCUGCGUCGCCUUCGGCCUCUCCUACGGCAUGGUGGGCGCGCUGCAGUUCGAGGUGCUCAUGGCGGCCGUGGGCGCGCACCGCUUCCCCAGUGCGCUGGGCCUGGUGCUUCUCGUCGAGGCCGUGGCUGUGCUCAUCGGACCGCCCUCUGCCGGCCGCCUGGUGGACGCACUGAAGAACUACGAGAUCAUCUUCUACCUGGCCGGCUCUGAGGUGGUCCUCGCAGGGGUCUUCAUGGCUGUGGCCACCAACUGUUGCCUGCAGCGCUCUCAGGACGCCCCACCCAGCCCAGGCACGGACGGUGGGGCCAGUGACACCGAGGACGCUGAGGUCGAGGACGCAGAGGCCCGAGGGGACUCUGAGCCCCUGCCCGCCUGCGCUGAGGAGCCCAGCGGCCUCGAGGUCGUGGAGGUGCCAAGCCCAGGGUCUGGGCCCUCGGAGCCCGAGGUGGAGGCAGAGCCAGGAGUGGACCCCGAGCAUGUAUAGAGCGGGGGAAUUAGGUGGAGUGGCUAGUGACUUUC